UAAGCGCUAGCACGUUGUUGUUUUUCGGAAUUAAGCAGUGUGUGUGUUCCACUGUGUUAGAAAACUAAUUUUGUUCUAUAAAGGGAGAUGUUGAGGCGACCCAAGUCCGGUGACUCGGAGGCGGACCUCUUACGCGCCCAGGAGGAAUUCUUGGCCUCGGGCGCGCAGUCGGCUGUUCGCGUGGUUCACCGACCGGACAAGCGCAGAGGGAAGUUGGGUGUGGAGAAUCAAGAACCAGAGGCUGAAAGCAGUCGCAGAGAUGUGGUUACCAUGUCAGGUUUGUGUGGCACAGAUCUCUCAGAUCAGAUUCCCACUCUGACUCCUGCACCACCCAAGAAGUCCCGUUUCAAGGACCGUGUGUACUUUGAGGAUGAUGACCCUGAGGAACAGUUGGACAGACAUGACAUGCACAUCACCGCUGUCCUGUCCAGGAUCGUUGAGAAGGACACCAGCACUGUCCCUGUGUCUCUCCCAGCAUUCACUGGUGCAGCUUUCCCCAAAGUCUUCCAUCGGUCAGAGAUAGAGGAUAUGGGGCAGGGUCUGGUACCAGGUGCCAGGAGGAGUAUUUUUGCCCAGAAGAUUGCAGCUCAGAGAGCCAGGGAAGCAGGGUUGUCUUCAAACGGUGGCAUGCAAUGUGCCCAGCUUCACCUGCAGUCUGGAUUACAUGGGGCAAUACCUUCACCUGUUGUUACCAUGGAGACAAGACUGCCUCUGUCUGGAUCUGAGGGCUGGGCUGGGACAGAGGGCUCCAGGCUGGUGUCGGGCCAAGGUCUGAGUCAGCCUGACAGUGCCACAGAGGCCUUGAAGAUCCACCAGGAGAAUCAGGAGAGGUUGGAGGGCAUGUCCCAAGCAGAUAUCCUGGAGGAGCAGAAGCGGCUGCUAGCUCACUUAGAUCCUCAGCUGGUGGACUUCAUCAGGUCUCAUAAAGCAAAGGGCUCCCCAGUCUCAGUUGUCCCCUCCUCGGGUGGCCAGAUCAAGGAGCAGCAGGACUGCUGCACACCAGGCUGGGUGGAGCCAGAGGUAGACCCGUGGGAACCAGAUCAGGAGACACCUUUGAUGGAGACCGAGGAAGAUGGACCGGAGCCACUGCCGCGACCACCAAUCACAGAGCAGGAGCUGCCAGUCAAGCCACGAAAGGAGUGGCUUCACAUGGACAACCUGGAGACAGAGAAGCUGGAGUGGCUAAGGGACCUGCCGCCACCCAGGAGGAAGGGAACCAAGAAGGCGAUGCAGGCCCGUUUUGAUUUCACUGGCGCCCUGAUUCCUCCCAUGGAGGACCUUCCCACCCAUCUUGGCCUACACCACCAUGGAGAGGAGCCCGAGCGGGCAGGUUACUCCCUGCAGGAGCUCUUCCAUCUCUCGCGCAGUCAGGUGAUUCAGCAGCGCUGCCUGGCUCUCACUACUCUUGCUGGCAUCCUCACAAAGGCUCAUGCUGGUGACCUGGCCUCCUCCUUGAGAGGCAGCGUGGUGUCCUCUAUGCUUGACGCUGGCCUCCUCUUCCUGCUGCGCUUCUCUCUGGAUGACAGUGUGGAGGGCGUGAUGGCUGCUGCCACGCAUGCUCUCCAUGCCUUGCUCUUCUGCCCUGGUGACGAGGAAGCCCUGGACAGCACCUUCUCCUGGUUCUUGGGGAUGGCCACCUUUCCCCUGCUACCCACUGCUCAGGAGGAAGAUGAUGUGGAGGAUGAGGGUCUGGACGUGGCCAUGAAGGAGACAGCCAAGGAGAAGGAGGAGAGGAAGUCAGAUCACUAUGUGGCACGUGAGGAUGUCAUUAAGGGGCUGUUGAGGAUGAAACUGCUGCCCAGAGUGCGGUACAUUCUGGAGGUGAUGCGACCACCCCCCCGAGUGGUCCUGGAUCUGCUGGAAGUCCUGACCCGAAUUGCCCGUCACUCAUCUGCCUCCGCCACACAGGUCCUGGACUGCCCUCGCCUUGUGGAGACAGUGUUGACAGAGUUCCUGCCGUGCACCUGGACCCCGCCCACCAUGACUGCCCCUAAGCACCUGCAUGGGCUUCCUGUAGCCGAGGCGGUGAAGCUGUUGCGUGUGCUGGCCUCUGCUGGGAGACAUGCCUGUGCCAGACUGCUGAGCGGGAUGGAUGUGAGGGAACGUCUGGUCCGUGUGCUGGCCCUGGAGCCCCAGGAGCUGCUGCUGGAGACAGGACAAGCCCUGCGGAUCAGCACAGAAGCCCUGAGGCUGUGGGCUGUGGCGGCCGCGUACGGACAAGCCAGUGACCUGUACAGGGAUCUCUACCCAUUCCUGGUGAAGGUGCUGCAGUCCGUUCCUGGAGAGGGGGCCCCCAGAGGCUCCCUGAGGUCUUUGGAGUUGCACAGAGCACUGGCCUUCCUUACCGUGCUCACCUACAUCACGCACACCGCUGGCUGCCAACAAGAGCUGCAGACAGGGCCUGAAAGUUACCAGGAUUCUGAGUGUCCUCCCCCUCCCCCAGUGAAGUGGUGUCAUGUGACUGACCUGCAGCCCUCCAUAGUGGGCUGGUUGAAGCGGUGUGUGAAGACACUUGAAGACCCAGCCCACAGUGACAGCAUGGUGAUGCUGGUCUCUUCUCAGAUACUCUAUCUGGGGGCCUUCUACUCCCAGCUCAGCACUCAGAGUUGUUUCCAGCCUGUAGAGUGUCUCCAGGAGCUGGAGAGUCUCACCUCAGAGGUGCUCAUCCCACUUCUGUCUCAUCAGGCUGUGCGUAGCAUGAUUGACAGACUCAAGUCCUGCUCAGUACUCUGUAAUCCACAAUUUUGCAAGCUGGGACUAGAGACAGUGUCCAGCCUUCCUGGGCGAGGAUGUGGUUCAGGGAGCCCCAGUCACAGGCUUGCCGGCCCUGGCUCGCCACUACCCCUCCUCACUGCACUGUGCUACCUUCUUCACACUGCCAGCAGCAUCCAUCGUGGGCUUGCCCAAAAGUUUGCCCCGCUGUUGGUCUCAGAUGCCCUGUCAGGCUACCUGCAGGCGUGCUGCCAGGCAAUGCCCACCCUGUCCCACUCUAGCGCCUGGCUGCUGCGCCAUGAGCACCACCUGCUCUACCUGCUGCUGAAGCUGCUCAUUAGACUGGUACCCAUCAGCACAGAUGUAGGCAAGCAGGCAUCUCUCUACCAUGAGGUUACUGUGGUAAUGCUGUCAUGGCUGUUGCCUGGCAGUGAACACCUGGCCUAUGACCUGUUGGCCACCGUGGUCUUUAACCAGGACUUCAUUCCGGAAGGCUGCUGCGGGGGACCAGAAGCAGCCCAGCUGUCACAGCUGCAGCUCCAGGAUUCAAGCUCCUCUGCCAUCUCUUCUCUGGGCCCCUUGCUUCACUCUGCUUGCGCCCAGCUCCCCUCUUUGCGGGCAUGCUAUCUUACUCACCUGGCACACUUGGAACCUGCAGUUACUAGAUCCAGGGAUGCCUACCUUGGCCGUACCCCUUACAUCCGCUCUUGGCUCCUCCCAGAGCUCUCUGGGCCCGUGCUGCCAUCCAAUUGGCCGUACCUGCCGCUUGUCAGCCUGUACGAGCGCAUGGGUGCGGCGGACAGAGGCAGUCUGCUGGUAGAGUCCCUACCCCCGGCCUCAGUACAGUUGGCCAUGCACUGCCUGCAGUGGCUGCUGCUGCUGGAGAGCUGGCGGGAGGGUUCCCUGAGGACCGUGCCACCCGCAGCCAAACUGGCACACCUGUCCUGCCUUUUCCUGUGCUCCAGUGACCUCUUCUUGGAGCGGCCCGUGCAGCAGCUUGGAUGGGCCCUCCUCCGAACCCUCAUGCGCCCCUCGCAGCUGGCUGUGCUGGACCUGGAUGUGCCCCUGCCUGGCCUGGCCUCCUUUCAGGACCUGUACUUGGCAAUGCUGAGCCAGUUUGAGGCUGUGUCCUUUGGGGACCCCCUCUUUGGUUGCUUCCUGCUGCUCCCCCUGCAGCGGCGCUUUAGUGCCACCAUGAGGCUGGCUGUAUUUGGUGAGCAUGUGGGGCUGCUUCGCUCCCUCAGGGUCCCCCUAUAUCAGUUGCCUGUCCCUCUGGAGAACUUCACCUCCCCCCCAGAGGACUGCCUCCCCCUGCUGAGACUCUACUUUCGCUCCCUGGUGACGGGGGCUCUUCGCCGGGUCUGGUGCCCCGUGCUAUAUGUGGUGGCACUGGCCCACCUCAACAGUUUCAUCUUCUCCCAGGAUGCAGUGCCUCAGGACGUAGACACAGCGCGCCGGAGGCUGCUGAGGAAGGCCUAUUACCUGACAGACGAUGUGCUGAAGGGCCACCUCCUUCUGUUCAAGCUGCCCCAGCAGAAGAGUGAGCUUGGGUUUGAGACAUAUGAUCACCUGCCUCCUAUCAGGGCCCAGAGACUCGAGGCUGUGGUAGGAGCAGAGGAGGGCAACAAGGUGGCAAGAGACUGAAGAUUUAAGAGGGAGAUGUAAAGCAUUGUGGUUUGGAAGGGCACUUAUCAGCAAACCCAGGCCCUCAGUGGUGUGUCAGCAGCGGCCCGCCCAGACAGGUGUCUACAGUAGCUUUCACAGGAUUCUCUGACAGAGCACAGACACAGGCUGUGAAACUGUACCUAAGGAUUCCCUUCAGUAUGAUUGGCUGAAAAUGACUGAAAAGAGUAAAUAGAUCUUUAUGGAUGAGGAAAUUGCAAAAAAGCGCAUGCCACUUCCACAUGCAAAGCACCAUGUUACUUUAUAUUUUAAUAGAAAUGUACUGUAGCAUAUCUUUACGGGUUUCUGGUAUUUAAUUGAGAUUGCAUAUAAUGCAACUGAGAGCUUUUGAGAGGGAAAGUUGUUGUGUGAGUGAGCAAAAGACCAUUUGCCUCAGUGCUUAUACCAGAGUCAUUGCCCUUACAGCUAGAACACCAAAGCUAACUGUGUAAUAGCAGCUGUGUUUCACGAGGCAGUAUGAAAACAAUGUAAUACCAAGGAGGGGAGACCCCAGCAUAACAGUCAUUUAUCCAAUACGGUACAUCUGCGGCAGGUGGUACUCAACAUUCAGCCUUCAGAACCCCACAUUGAACAAGAAGAGGGGAAGACAGGUGAACUGAGACUUACAGCUCUGUGUCUCUUUGGCCUUAUGUCCUGCUGUGUGCCUGUCUGCCUGUGCCAAACUUCCCAGGGCGCGCACACAGUACCAGUCGAGGUACACACCUGAUUAGG